CCUCGCAGUUCCAUCUACCUCGCGGGUGCCUCUGGUGUCCCCAGAGGUCUCCGACCCCAGCCCGCCCCCAGCCCUCCCGCCCAGCCCGCAGCCCCCUCCCUCUAUUCUCCAACCUCAGCCCCUGGCCCUCGGACCUCGACAUCAUGGGUGACGCAGAAGGCGAGGACGAGGUCCAGUUCCUGCGAACAGAUGAUGAGGUGGUCCUGCAGUGCAGUGCCACCGUGCUCAAGGAGCAUCUCAAGCUCUGCCUGGCCGCCGAGGGCUUUGGCAACCGCCUGUGCUUCCUGGAGCCCACCAGCAACGCCCAGAAUGUGCCCCCCGAUCUGGCCAUCUGUUGCUUCGUCCUGGAGCAGUCCCUGUCUGUGCGAGCCCUGCAGGAGAUGCUGGCCAACACGGUGGAGGCUGGCGUGGAGUCAUCCCAGGGCGGGGGACACAGGACACUCCUGUAUGGCCAUGCCAUCCUCCUCCGGCACGCGCACAGCCGCAUGUAUCUGAGCUGCCUCACCACCUCUCGCUCUAUGACCGACAAGCUGGCCUUUGACGUGGGACUGCAGGAGGAUGCAACAGGAGAGGCCUGCUGGUGGACCAUGCACCCAGCUUCCAAGCAGAGGUCUGAAGGAGAAAAGGUCCGUGUUGGGGAUGACAUCAUCCUAGUCAGUGUCUCCUCUGAGAGAUACCUGCACCUGUCGACCGCGAGUGGGGAGCUCCAGGUUGACGCUUCCUUCAUGCAGACACUGUGGAAUAUGAACCCCAUCUGCUCCCGCUGCGAAGAGGGCUUUGUGACAGGAGGUCACGUCCUUCGCCUCUUUCAUGGACAUAUGGAUGAGUGUCUGACCAUUUCCCCUGCUGACAGUGAUGACCAGCGCAGACUUGUCUACUAUGAAGGGGGAGCUGUGUGCACCCACGCCCGCUCCCUCUGGAGGCUGGAGCCGCUGAGAAUCAGCUGGAGUGGGAGCCACCUGCGCUGGGGCCAGCCACUCCGAGUCCGGCAUGUCACCACUGGGCGGUACCUGGCGCUCACCGAGGACCAAGGCCUGGUGGUGGUUGACGCCAGCAAGGCCCACACCAAGGCUACCUCCUUCUGCUUCCGCAUCUCCAAGGAGAAGCUGGAUAUGGCCCCCAAGCGGGACGUGGAGGGCAUGGGCUCCCCUGAGAUCAAGUACGGGGAGUCACUGUGCUUCGUGCAGCAUGUGGCCUCAGGACUGUGGCUAACCUAUGCUGCCCCGGACCCCAAGGCCCUGCGGCUCGGCGUGCUCAAGAAGAAGGCCAUGCUGCACCAGGAGGGCCACAUGGAUGACGCACUGUCCCUGACCCGCUGCCAGCAGGAGGAGUCCCAGGCUGCCCGCAUGAUCUACAGCACCAAUGGCUUGUACAACCAGUUCAUCAAGAGCCUGGACAGCUUCAGCGGGAAGCCACGAGGCUCGGGGCCGCCGGCUGGCACGGCGCUGCCCAUCGAGGGCGUUAUCCUGAGCCUGCAGGACCUCAUCAUCUACUUUGAGCCGCCCUCCGAGGACUUGAAGCACGAGGAGAAGCAGAGCAAGCUGCGUAGCCUGCGCAACCGCCAGAGCCUCUUCCAGGAGGAGGGGAUGCUCUCCCUGGUCCUGAAUUGCAUUGACCGCUUAAAUGUCUACACCACCGCUGCCCACUUUGCCGAGUUUGCAGGGGAGGAGGCAGCCGAGUCCUGGAAAGAGAUUGUGAAUCUUCUCUAUGAACUCCUGGCCUCUCUGAUCCGUGGCAACCGUAGCAACUGUGCCCUCUUCUCCACAAACUUGGACUGGCUAGUCAGCAAGCUGGAUCGGCUGGAGGCCUCGUCUGGCAUCCUGGAGGUUCUGUACUGUGUCCUCAUUGAGAGUCCGGAGGUUCUGAACAUCAUCCAGGAGAAUCACAUCAAGUCCAUCAUCUCCCUCCUGGACAAGCAUGGGAGGAACCACAAGGUCCUGGACGUGCUAUGCUCCCUGUGUGUGUGCAAUGGCGUGGCUGUUCGCUCCAACCAAGAUCUUAUUACUGAGAACUUGCUGCCUGGCCGUGAGCUGCUGCUGCAGACAAACCUCAUCAACUAUGUCACCAGCAUCCGCCCCAACAUCUUUGUGGGCCGAGCAGAGGGCACCACGCAGUACAGCAAAUGGUACUUUGAGGUGAUGGUGGACGAGGUGAUUCCAUUUCUGACAGCUCAGCCUACCCACUUGCGGGUGGGCUGGGCCCUCACCGAGGGCUACAGCCCCUACCCUGGGGGCGGCGAGGGCUGGGGCGGCAACGGGGUCGGCGAUGACCUCUACUCCUACGGCUUUGAUGGACUGCAUCUCUGGACAGGACACGUGUCACGCCCGGUGACUUCCCCAGGGCAGCACCUCCUGGCCCCUGAAGACGUGGUCAGCUGCUGCCUGGACCUCAGCGUGCCGUCCAUCUCCUUCCGCAUCAAUGGCUGUCCCGUGCAGGGCGUCUUUGAAUCCUUCAACCUGGACGGGCUCUUCUUCCCUGUUGUCAGCUUCUCAGCUGGUGUCAAGGUGCGGUUCCUCCUUGGUGGCCGCCAUGGUGAAUUCAAGUUCCUGCCCCCACCUGGCUAUGCCCCGUGCCAUGAAGCUGUGCUCCCUCGAAAGCGACUCCAUCUUGAACCCAUCAAGGAGUAUCGACGGGAGGGGCCCCGGGGGCCUCACCUGGUGGGCCCCAGUCGCUGCCUCUCACACAUCGACUUUGUGCCCUGCCCUGUGGACACUGUCCAGAUUGUCCUGCCGCCCCAUCUGGAGCGCAUUCGGGAGAAGCUGGCAGAGAACAUCCAUGAGCUCUGGGCGCUGACCCGCAUUGAGCAGGGAUGGACCUACGGCCCGGUUCGGGAUGACAACAAGAGGCUGCACCCAUGUCUUGUGGACUUCCACAGCCUUCCAGAGCCUGAGAGGAACUACAACCUACAGAUGUCAGGGGAGACGCUCAAGACUCUGCUGGCUUUGGGCUGCCAUGUGGGCAUGGCGGACGAGAAGGCAGAGGACAACCUGAAGAAGACAAAACUCCCCAAGACGUAUAUGAUGAGCAACGGGUACAAGCCGGCUCCGCUGGACCUGAGCCACGUGCGGCUGACGCCGGCGCAGACGACGCUGGUGGACCGUCUGGCAGAAAAUGGGCACAACGUGUGGGCCCGAGACCGAGUGGGCCAAGGCUGGAGCUACAGCGCGGUGCAGGACAUCCCCGCGCGCCGAAACCCUCGGCUGGUGCCCUACCGCCUGCUGGAUGAGGCCACCAAGCGCAGCAAUCGGGACAGCCUCUGCCAGGCCGUGCGAACCCUGCUGGGCUACGGCUACAACAUCGAGCCGCCUGACCAGGAGCCCAGUCAGGCGGAGAACCAGUCUCGCUGGGACCGGGUGCGUAUCUUCCGGGCGGAGAAAUCCUAUGCAGUGCAGAGCGGCCGCUGGUACUUCGAGUUUGAGGCAGUGACCACAGGCGAGAUGCGAGUGGGCUGGGCGAGGCCCGAGCUGAGGCCUGACGUAGAGCUGGGAGCUGACGAGCUGGCCUAUGUCUUCAAUGGGCACCGCGGCCAGCGCUGGCACUUGGGCAGUGAACCAUUUGGGCGCCCCUGGCAGCCGGGCGAUGUCGUUGGCUGCAUGAUCGAUCUCACAGAGAACACCAUUAUCUUCACCCUCAAUGGCGAGGUCCUCAUGUCUGACUCAGGCUCCGAAACAGCCUUCCGAGAGAUUGAGAUCGGGGACGGCUUCCUGCCUGUCUGCAGCUUGGGACCUGGCCAGGUGGGUCACCUGAACCUGGGCCAGGACGUGAGCUCCCUGCGGUUCUUUGCCAUCUGUGGCCUCCAGGAAGGCUUCGAGCCAUUUGCCAUCAACAUGCAGCGCCCUGUCACCACCUGGUUCAGCAAAAGCCUGCCCCAGUUUGAGCCAGUGCCCCUUGAACACCCUCACUAUGAGGUGUCCCGAGUGGACGGCACUGUGGACACGCCCCCCUGCCUGUGCCUGACCCACCGCACCUGGGGCUCCCAGAACAGCCUGGUGGAGAUGAUCUUCCUGCGGCUGAGCCUCCCAGUCCAGUUCCACCAGCACUUCCGCUGCACCGCAGGGGCCACCCCGCUGGCACCACCCGGCCUGCAGCCCCCCGCCGAGGACGAGGCCCGGGCGGCGGAACCCGACCCUGACUACGAAAGCCUGCGCCGCUCAGCUGGGGGCUGGGGCGAGGCCGAGAGCGGGAAAGAGGGGACUUCGAAGGAGGGCGCCCCCGGGGGCACCCCGCAGGCCGGGGGAGAGGCACAGCCGGCCAGGGCAGAGAAUGAGAAGGACGCCACCACCGAGAAGAACAAGAAGAGAGGCUUCUUAUUCAAGGCCAAGAAAGUCGCCAUGAUGACCCAACCACCGGCCACCCCCACACUGCCCCGACUCCCUCGAGAUGUGGUGCCUGCAGACAACCGUGAUGACCCGGAGAUCAUCCUCAACACCACCACGUACUAUUACUCCGUGAGGGUCUUUGCCGGUCAGGAGCCCAGCUGCGUGUGGGUGGGCUGGGUCACCCCUGAUUACCAUCAGCACGACAUGAGCUUCGACCUCAGCAAGGUCCGGACCGUGACGGUGACCAUGGGGGAUGAACAAGGCAACGUCCACAGCAGCCUCAAGUGCAGCAACUGCUACAUGGUGUGGGGCGGGGACUUUGUGAGUCCCGGGCAGCAGGGCCGGGUCAGCCACACGGACCUUGUCAUUGGCUGCCUGGUGGACUUGGCCACUGGCUUAAUGACCUUUACAGCCAAUGGCAAAGAAAGCAACACCUUUUUCCAGGUGGAGCCCAACACAAAGCUAUUUCCUGCAGUCUUCGUCUUGCCCACCCACCAGAAUGUCAUCCAGUUUGAGCUGGGGAAGCAGAAGAACAUCAUGCCAUUGUCAGCUGCCAUGUUCCAGAGCGAGCGCAAGAACCCAGCCCCGCAGUGCCCGCCGAGGCUGGAGAUGCAGAUGCUGAUGCCAGUGUCCUGGAGCCGCAUGCCCAACCACUUCCUGCAGGUGGAGACGCGCCGUGCCGGCGAGCGGCUGGGCUGGGCCGUGCAGUGCCAGGAGCCGCUGACCAUGAUGGCGCUGCACAUCCCCGAGGAGAACCGGUGCAUGGACAUCCUAGAGCUGUCGGAGCGCCUGGACCUGCAGCGCUUCCACUCGCACACCCUGCGCCUCUACCGCGCUGUGUGCGCCCUGGGCAACAAUCGCGUGGCACAUGCUCUGUGCAGCCACGUGGACCAGGCUCAGCUGCUGCACACCCUGGAGGACGCGCGCCUGCCAGGCCCAUUGCGCGCAGGCUACUACGACCUCCUCAUCAGCAUCCACCUCGAAAGCGCCUGCCGCAGCCGCCGCUCCAUGCUCUCGGAAUACAUAGUGCCGCUCACGCCUGAGACCCGCGCCAUCACACUCUUCCCUCCUGGGAGGAGCACAGAAAAUGGUCACCCCCGGCACGGCCUGCCGGGCGUUGGAGUCACCACCUCGCUGAGGCCCCCGCAUCAUUUCUCACCCCCCUGUUUCGUGGCCGCCCUGCCAGCCGCUGGGGCAGCAGAGGCCCCGGCCCGCCUCAGCCCUGCCAUCCCGCUGGAGGCCCUGCGGGACAAGGCGCUGAGGAUGCUGGGGGAGGCGGUGCGCGACGGUGGGCAGCAUGCACGCGACCCUGUCGGGGGCUCUGUGGAGUUCCAGUUUGUGCCUGUGCUCAAGCUCGUGUCCACGCUGCUGGUGAUGGGCAUCUUUGGCGAUGAGGAUGUGAAACAGAUCUUGAAGAUGAUUGAACCUGAAGUCUUCACUGAGGAAGAGGAGGAGGAGGAGGAGGAGGAGGAGGAAGAGGAGGAUGAGGAGGAGAAGGAGGAGGAUGAGGAGGAAGCGGCACAAGAGAAGGAAGAUGAGGAAAAAGAGGAAGAGGAGGCAGCAGAAGGAGAAAAAGAAGAAGGCUUGGAGGAGGGACUGCUCCAGAUGAAGCUGCCGGAGUCUGUGAAGUUACAGAUGUGCCACCUGCUGGAGUAUUUCUGUGACCAAGAGCUGCAGCACCGUGUGGAGUCCCUGGCAGCGUUUGCAGAGCGCUAUGUGGACAAGCUUCAGGACAACCAGCGGGACCGCUACGGCCUCCUCAUGAAAGCCUUCAGCAUGACCGCAGCGGAGACUGCAAGACGCACCCGCGAGUUCCGCUCCCCGCCCCAGGAGCAGAUCAAUAUGCUCCUGCAUUUCAAAGAUGGUACAGAUGAGGAAGACUGUCCUCUCCCUGAAGAGAUUCGACAGGAUUUGCUUGAUUUUCAUCAAGACUUGCUGGCACACUGUGGUAAGGAGCGGGGAUCAGAGAGUGGGGGAUGGGAGUGGUUAGUAACUGGGAAAACUUCUGGAACAGGGCCCCGUCCACAUGGUUCUGGCCCAAGGCCCCGCGUGCUGACCGGCCCUGCACAGCACUCCAAACCUUGCACUAUCUCCUUCCCAGGGUCCCUGCAGGAGCUGGUGUCCCACAUGGUGGUGCGCUGGGCCCAGGAGGACUUUGUGCAGAGCCCCGAGCUGGUGCGGGCCAUGUUCAGCCUCCUGCACCGGCAGUACGACGGGCUGGGUGAGCUGCUGCGUGCCCUGCCGCGGGCGUACACCAUCUCGCCGUCCUCCGUGGAAGACACCAUGAGCCUGCUCGAGUGCCUGGGCCAGAUCCGCUCACUGCUCAUCGUGCAGAUGGGCCCCCAGGAGGAGAACCUCAUGAUCCAGAGCAUCGGGAACAUCAUGAACAACAAAGUCUUCUACCAACACCCGAACCUGAUGAGGGCACUGGGCAUGCAUGAGACGGUCAUGGAGGUCAUGGUCAACGUCCUCGGGGGCGGCGAGUCCAAGGAGAUCCGCUUCCCAAAGAUGGUGACAAGCUGCUGCCGCUUCCUCUGCUAUUUCUGCCGCAUCAGCCGGCAGAACCAGCGCUCCAUGUUUGACCACCUGAGCUACCUGCUGGAGAACAGCGGCAUCGGCCUGGGCAUGCAGGGCUCCACACCCCUGGACGUGGCCGCUGCCUCCGUCAUUGACAACAAUGAGCUGGCCUUGGCAUUGCAGGAGCAGGACCUGGAAAAGGUUGUAUCCUACCUGGCAGGCUGUGGCCUCCAAAGCUGCCCCAUGCUUGUGGCCAAAGGGUACCCAGACAUUGGCUGGAACCCCUGCGGUGGAGAGCGCUACCUGGACUUCCUGCGCUUCGCUGUCUUCGUCAACGGUGAGAGCGUGGAGGAGAACGCCAACGUGGUGGUGCGGCUGCUCAUCCGGAAGCCCGAGUGCUUCGGACCCGCCCUGCGGGGUGAGGGUGGCUCAGGGCUGCUGGCCGCCAUUGAAGAGGCCAUCCGCAUCUCCGAGGACCCCGCGAGGGAUGGCCCAGGCAUCCGCAGGGACCGGCGGCGCGAGCACUUUGGUGAGGAGCCGCCUGAAGAAAACCGGGUGCACCUGGGACACGCCAUCAUGUCCUUCUAUGCUGCUUUGAUCGACCUGCUGGGACGCUGUGCACCAGAGAUGCAUCUGAUCCAAGCUGGCAAGGGUGAAGCCCUGCGGAUCCGCGCCAUUCUCCGCUCCCUCGUGCCCUUGGAGGACCUCGUGGGCAUCAUCAGCCUCCCACUGCAGAUCCCCACCCUGGGCAAAGACGGGGCUCUGGUGCAGCCAAAGAUGUCGGCAUCCUUUGUGCCGGACCACAAGGCGUCCAUGGUGCUCUUCCUGGACCGUGUGUACGGCAUCGAGAACCAGGACUUCUUACUGCACGUGCUGGACGUGGGGUUCCUGCCCGACAUGAGGGCGGCUGCCUCGCUGGACACGGCCACUUUCAGCACCACCGAGAUGGCGCUGGCGCUGAACCGUUACCUGUGCCUGGCCGUGCUGCCGCUCAUCACCAAGUGCGCGCCGCUCUUUGCGGGCACGGAACACCGUGCCAUCAUGGUGGACUCCAUGCUGCACACGGUGUACCGCCUGUCCCGGGGUCGCUCGCUCACCAAGGUGCAGCGCGACAUCAUCGAGGACUGCCUCAUGGCGCUCUGCAGGUACAUCCGCCCGUCCAUGCUGCAGCACCUGCUGCGGCGCCUGGUGUUCGACGUGCCCAUCCUCAACGAGUUCGCCAAGAUGCCACUAAAGCUCCUCACCAACCACUAUGAGCGUUGUUGGAAGUAUUACUGCCUACCCACAGGCUGGGCCAACUUUGGGGUCACCUCGGAGGAAGAGCUGCACCUCACGCGGAAACUCUUCUGGGGCAUCUUUGACUCUCUGGCCCAUAAGAAAUACGACCCGGAGCUGUACCGCAUGGCCAUGCCUUGCCUGUGCGCCAUUGCCGGGGCUCUGCCUCCUGACUACGUGGACGCCUCAUACUCAUCUAAGGCGGAGAAAAAGGCCACAGUGGAUGCUGAAGGCAACUUCGAUCCCCGGCCUGUGGAGACCCUCAAUGUGAUCAUCCCGGAGAAGCUGGACUCCUUCAUUAACAAGUUUGCAGAGUAUACACAUGAGAAGUGGGCCUUCGACAAGAUCCAGAACAACUGGUCCUAUGGAGAGAACAUAGACGAGGAGCUGAAGACCCACCCCAUGCUGAGGCCCUACAAGACCUUUUCAGAGAAGGACAAAGAGAUUUACCGCUGGCCCAUCAAGGAGUCCCUGAAGGCCAUGAUUGCCUGGGAAUGGACAAUAGAGAAGGCCAGGGAGGGUGAGGAGGAGAAGACGGAAAAGAAAAAAACGCGGAAGAUAUCACAAAGUGCCCAGACCUACGAUCCUCGAGAAGGCUACAACCCCCAGCCCCCCGACCUUAGUGGAGUUACCCUGUCUCGGGAGCUGCAGGCCAUGGCAGAACAACUGGCGGAAAAUUACCACAACACGUGGGGACGGAAGAAGAAGCAGGAGCUGGAAGCCAAAGGCGGUGGGACCCACCCCCUGCUGGUCCCCUAUGACACGCUCACGGCCAAGGAGAAGGCCCGAGAUCGAGAGAAGGCCCAGGAGCUGCUGAAAUUCCUGCAGAUGAACGGCUACGCGGUGACAAGAGGCCUUAAGGACAUGGAACUGGACUCGUCUUCCAUUGAAAAACGGUUUGCCUUUGGCUUCCUGCAGCAGCUGUUGCGCUGGAUGGACAUUUCUCAGGAGUUCAUUGCACACCUGGAGGCUGUGGUCAGCAGUGGGCGAGUGGAAAAGUCCCCACAUGAACAGGAGAUUAAAUUCUUUGCCAAGAUCCUGUUGCCUUUGAUCAACCAGUACUUCACCAAUCACUGCCUCUACUUCCUGUCCACUCCGGCCAAAGUGCUGGGCAGUGGUGGCCACGCCUCAAACAAGGAGAAGGAAAUGAUCACCAGCCUCUUCUGCAAACUUGCUGCUCUUGUCCGCCACCGAGUCUCUCUCUUUGGGACAGAUGCCCCAGCUGUGGUCAACUGUCUUCACAUCCUAGCCCGCUCCCUGGAUGCCAGGACGGUGAUGAAGUCAGGUCCUGAGAUUGUGAAGGCUGGUCUCCGCUCCUUCUUCGAGAGUGCCUCGGAGGACAUCGAGAAGAUGGUGGAGAACCUGCGGCUGGGCAAGGUGUCACAGGCGCGCACCCAGGUGAAGGGCGUGGGCCAGAACCUCACCUACACCACCGUGGCGCUGCUGCCCGUCCUCACCACCCUCUUCCAGCACAUCGCCCAGCACCAGUUCGGAGAUGAUGUCAUCCUGGAUGACGUCCAGGUCUCUUGCUACCGAACGCUAUGCAGUAUCUACUCCCUGGGAACCACCAAGAACACUUAUGUGGAAAAGCUUCGGCCCGCCCUGGGGGAGUGCCUGGCCCGUCUAGCAGCAGCCAUGCCGGUGGCAUUCCUGGAGCCGCAGCUGAAUGAGUACAACGCCUGCUCCGUGUACACGACCAAGUCCCCUCGGGAGCGGGCCAUCCUGGGGCUCCCCAACAGCGUGGAGGAGAUGUGUCCUGACAUCCCGGUGCUGGAGCGGCUCAUGGCAGACAUCGGGGGGCUGGCCGAGUCAGGGGCCCGCUACACGGAGAUGCCGCACGUCAUCGAGAUCACACUGCCCAUGCUGUGCAGCUACCUGCCGCGCUGGUGGGAGCGUGGGCCCGAGGCACCCCCUCCCGCCCUGCCCGCCGGUGCCCCCCCACCCUGCACAGCUGUCACCUCUGACCACCUCAACUCCCUGCUGGGGAAUAUCCUGAGAAUCAUCGUCAACAACCUGGGCAUCGACGAGGCCUCCUGGAUGAAGCGGCUGGCUGUGUUCGCACAGCCCAUCGUGAGCCGCGCACGGCCGGAGCUCCUGCAGUCCCACUUCAUCCCCACCAUCGGGCGGCUGCGCAAGAGGGCGGGCAAGGUGGUGGCCGAGGAGGAGCAGCUGCGCCUGGAGGCCAAGGCCGAGGCCGAGGAGGGUGAGCUGCUGGUGCGGGACGAGUUCUCUGUGCUCUGCCGGGACCUGUAUGCGCUGUAUCCGCUGCUCAUCCGCUACGUGGACAACAACAGGGCACAGUGGCUGACAGAGCCCAAUCCCAGCGCGGAGGAGCUGUUCAGGAUGGUGGGCGAGAUCUUCAUCUACUGGUCCAAGUCCCACAACUUCAAGCGCGAGGAGCAGAACUUUGUGGUACAGAACGAGAUCAACAACAUGUCCUUCCUGACUGCUGACAACAAGAGCAAAAUGGCUAAGUCCGGCGGCUCGGACCAGGAACGCACCAAGAAGAAGCGCCGCGGGGACCGGUACUCUGUGCAAACGUCACUGAUCGUGGCCACGCUGAAGAAGAUGCUGCCCAUCGGCCUGAACAUGUGUGCGCCCACCGACCAGGACCUCAUCACACUGGCCAAGACCCGCUAUGCCCUGAAAGACACAGACGAGGAGGUCCGAGAAUUUCUACACAACAACCUUCACCUUCAGGGAAAGGUUGAAGGCUCCCCGUCUCUGCGCUGGCAGAUGGCCCUGUACUGGGGCGUCCCAGGUCGCGAGGAGGAUGCUGACGACCCCGAGAAAAUCGUGCGCAGGGUCCAGGAAGUGUCAGCUGUGCUCUACCACCUGGACCAGACCGAGCACCCUCACAAGUCUAAGAAGGCCGUGUGGCACAAGCUUCUGUCCAAGCAGCGCCGGCGGGCAGUGGUGGCCUGUUUCCGCAUGACGCCCCUGUACAACCUGCCCACGCACCGGGCAUGUAACAUGUUCCUGGAGAGUUACAAGGCUGUGUGGAUCCUGACUGAAGACCACAGUUUUGAGGACCGCAUGAUAGAUGACCUUUCAAAAGCUGGGGAGCAGGAGGAGGAGGAGGAAGAGGUGGAAGAGAAGAAACCAGACCCCCUGCACCAGCUGGUCCUGCACUUCAGCCGCACUGCCCUGACGGAAAAGAGCAAACUGGACGAGGAUUACCUGUAUAUGGCCUAUGCUGAUAUCAUGGCAAAGAGCUGCCACCUGGAGGAGGGAGGGGAGAACGUCGAAGGUGAAGAGGAGGUUGAGGUCUCCUUUGAGGAGAAGGAGAUGGAGAAACAGAGGCUCCUGUACCAGCAAGCGCGGCUGCACACCCGGGGGGCAGCCGAGAUGGUGCUGCAGAUGAUCAGUGCCUGCAAAGGAGAGACAGGUGCCAUGGUGUCCUCUACCCUGAAGCUGGGCAUCUCCAUCCUCAAUGGAGGCAAUGCUGAAGUGCAGCAGAAAAUGCUGGAUUAUCUGAAGGACAAGAAGGAAGUUGGCUUCUUCCAGAGUAUCCAGGCACUGAUGCAAACGUGCAGCGUCCUGGAUCUCAAUGCCUUUGAGAGACAGAACAAGGCUGAGGGGCUGGGCAUGGUCAACGAGGAUGGCACUGUCAUCAAUCGCCAGAACGGAGAGAAGGUCAUGGCGGAUGAUGAAUUCACACAAGACCUGUUCCGAUUCCUACAAUUGCUCUGUGAGGGGCACAAUAAUGAUUUCCAGAACUACCUACGGACACAGACAGGGAACACAACCACUAUUAACAUCAUCAUCUGCACGGUGGACUACCUCCUGCGGCUGCAGGAAUCCAUCAGCGACUUCUACUGGUACUACUCAGGCAAGGACGUCAUUGAAGAGCAGGGCAAGAGGAAUUUCUCCAAAGCCAUGUCGGUGGCUAAGCAGGUGUUCAACAGCCUCACCGAGUACAUCCAGGGCCCCUGCACCGGGAACCAGCAGAGCCUGGCGCACAGCCGUCUAUGGGACGCGGUGGUGGGAUUCCUGCACGUGUUCGCCCACAUGAUGAUGAAGCUCGCUCAGGACUCAAGCCAGAUCGAGCUGCUGAAGGAGCUCCUGGAUCUGCAGAAGGACAUGGUGGUGAUGCUGCUGUCGCUACUGGAAGGGAACGUGGUGAACGGCAUGAUCGCCCGGCAGAUGGUGGACAUGCUGGUGGAAUCCUCGUCUAACGUGGAGAUGAUCCUCAAGUUCUUUGACAUGUUCCUGAAACUCAAGGACAUUGUGGGUUCUGAAGCCUUCCAGGACUACGUCACAGAUCCCCGUGGCCUCAUCUCCAAGAAGGACUUCCAGAAGGCCAUGGACAGCCAGAAGCAGUUCAGCGGUCCAGAAAUCCAGUUCCUGCUUUCGUGCUCCGAAGCGGACGAGAACGAGAUGAUCAACUGCGAGGAGUUCGCCAACCGCUUCCAGGAGCCAGCCCGCGACAUCGGCUUCAACGUGGCGGUGCUGCUGACCAACCUGUCGGAGCACGUGCCGCAUGACCCACGCCUGCACAACUUCCUGGAGCUGGCCGAGAGCAUCCUCGAGUACUUCCGCCCCUACCUGGGCCGCAUCGAGAUCAUGGGCGCCUCGCGCCGCAUCGAGCGCAUCUACUUCGAGAUCUCGGAGACCAACCGCGCCCAGUGGGAGAUGCCUCAGGUGAAGGAGUCCAAGCGCCAGUUCAUCUUCGACGUGGUGAACGAGGGCGGCGAGGCCGAGAAGAUGGAGCUCUUCGUGAGCUUCUGCGAGGACACCAUCUUCGAGAUGCAGAUCGCCGCGCAGAUCUCGGAGCCCGAGGGCGAGCCGGAGACCGAUGAGGACGAGGCUGCGGCGGAGGCGGGCGCGGAGGGCGCGGAGGAGGGCGCGGCGGGGCCCGAGGGCGCGGCGGCCACGGCUGCGGCGGGGGCCACGGCGCGGGUGGCGGCGGCCGCGGGCCGGGCCCUGCGUGGCCUCAGCUACCGCAGCCUGCGGCGGCGCGUGCGGCGGCUGCGGCGGCUCACGGCCCGCGAGGCGGCCACCGCGGUGGCGACGCUACUCUGGGCGGCCGUGACGCGCGCGGGGUCCGCGGGCGCGGGGGCGGCGGCGGGCGCACUGGGCCUGCUGUGGCGCUCGCUGUUCGGCGGCGGCCUGGUGGAGGGCGCCAAGAAGGUGACGGUGACCGAGCUCCUGGCGGGCAUGCCCGACCCCACCAGCGACGAGGUGCACGGCGAGCAGCCGGCCGGGCCGGGUGGAGACGCAGACGGCGAGGGUGCGGGCGAGGGCGCUGGAGACGCCGCGGAGGGCGCCGGGGACGAGGAGGAGGCAGCGCACGAGGCCGGGCCGGGCGGCGCCGACAGGGCGGUGGCCGUGACCGACGGGGGCCCCUUCCGGCCCGAAGGGGCUGGCGGUCUCGGAGACAUGGGAGACACGACGCCUGCGGAGCCGCCCACGCCCGAGGGCUCUCCCAUCCUCAAGAGGAAGCUGGGGGUGGAUGGAGUGGAGGAGGAACUCCCGCCAGAGCCAGAGCCCGAACCGGAAGCGGAGCCGGAGCCGGAGAAAGCCGAUGCUGAGAAUGGGGAGAAGGAAGAAGUUCCUGAGCCCCCACCAGAGCCCUCCAAGAAGCAAGCACCUCCCUCACCCCCUCCAAAGAAGGAGGAAGCUGGGGGCGAAUUCUGGGGAGAACUGGAGGUGCAGAGGGUGAAGUUCUUGAACUACCUGUCCCGGAACUUUUACACCCUGCGGUUCCUUGCCCUCUUCCUGGCAUUUGCCAUCAACUUCAUCUUGCUGUUUUAUAAGGUCUCGGACUCUCCACCAGGGGAGGAUGACAUGGAGGGCUCAGCCACUGGGGACGUGUCAGGUGCAGGCUCUGGCGGCGGCUCUGGCUGGGGCUUGGGGGCCGGAGAGGAGGCGGAGGGCGAUGAGGAUGAGAGCAUGGUGUAUUACUUCCUGGAGGAGAGCACGGGCUACAUGGAGCCCGCCCUGCGGUGCCUGAGUCUCCUGCACACGCUGGUGGCCUUUCUCUGCAUCAUUGGCUAUAACUGUCUCAAGGUACCCCUGGUGAUCUUUAAGCGGGAGAAGGAGCUGGCCCGAAAGCUUGAGUUUGAUGGCCUCUACAUCACAGAGCAGCCGGAGGACGACGAUGUGAAGGGGCAGUGGGACCGCCUGGUGCUCAACACACCGUCUUUCCCCAGCAACUACUGGGACAAGUUUGUCAAGCGCAAGGUCCUGGACAAACAUGGGGACAUCUACGGGAGGGAGCGGAUUGCCGAGCUACUGGGCAUGGACCUGGCCACACUGGAGAUCACGGCCCACAAUGAGCGCAAGCCGAACCCCCCACCGGGGCUGCUGACCUGGAUCAUGUCCAUCGAUGUCAAGUACCAGAUCUGGAAGUUCGGGGUCAUCUUCACAGACAAAUCCUUCCUGUACCUGGGCUGGUAUAUGGUGAUGUCCCUCUUGGGACACUACAACAACUUCUUCUUUGCUGCUCAUCUCCUGGACAUCGCCAUGGGGGUCAAGACCCUACGCACCAUCCUCUCCUCUGUCACCCACAAUGGGAAACAGCUGGUGAUGACGGUGGGCCUCCUGGCGGUGGUCGUCUACCUGUACACCGUGGUGGCCUUCAACUUCUUCCGCAAGUUCUACAACAAGAGCGAGGAUGAGGAUGAGCCGGACAUGAAGUGUGAUGACAUGAUGACAUGUUACCUGUUUCACAUGUACGUGGGUGUCCGGGCUGGUGGAGGCAUUGGGGAUGAGAUCGAGGACCCCGCGGGUGACGAAUACGAGCUCUACCGGGUGGUCUUCGACAUCACCUUCUUCUUCUUCGUCAUCAUCAUCCUGUUGGCCAUCAUCCAGGGUCUGAUCAUCGACGCUUUUGGUGAGCUCCGAGACCAACAAGAGCAAGUGAAGGAGGAUAUGGAGACCAAGUGCUUCAUCUGCGGAAUCGGCAGCGACUACUUUGAUACGACACCGCAUGGCUUCGAGACUCACACGCUGGAGGAGCACAACCUGGCCAAUUACAUGUUUUUCCUGAUGUAUUUGAUAAACAAGGACGAGACAGAACACACAGGUCAGGAGUCUUAUGUCUGGAAGAUGUACCAAGAGAGAUGUUGGGAUUUCUUCCCGGCUGGUGAUUGUUUCCGAAAGCAGUACGAGGACCAGCUUAGCUGAGACAGCCUCCCAGCUGGCCCUCCACCCCCACCCCAAGUGCCUUACUCUCACAGAAAGCCCCUUAGUCCCCAAGCCUCUACCCCAAGGCAGCUGGGGGAGAGGUGACCUGGUAAUAGAAAAUAAAUCUGUGCUAUGCCCCCAGUA